AUGACUAUAUCAUGCUGGAAACCAAGUGUAGAGGGUGAUGAUGGAGAUGUGAAAGGGAAAGUUGAUGGAUUGUUGUGGUAUAAGGAUUUGGGGAAUCAUCUUUAUGGUGAGUUUUCAAUGGCUGUAAUUCAAGCUAAUAGUUCAUUGGAGGAUCAUAGUCAGGUUGAAUCUGGACCGUUGAGUUCGGAUUAUUUGGGUCCUCAAGGAACUUUUGUAGGUGUUUAUGAUGGUCAUGGUGGACCUGCAGCAUCCAAGUUUGUCAAUGAGAAUCUAUUCUCCAAUUUCAAGAGUUUUGCAGCUGAAGAACAAGGCGUUUCGGAAAAGGUUAUAAAGAGGGCAUUUUCUGCAACAGAAGAUGAUUUUCUGUCUCUUGUGAAGAAGCAGUGGCUAACAAAACCACAGAUAGCAUCUUCCGGUACAUGCUGUUUGGCCGGGAUAAUUUGCAACGGCAUGCUGUAUGUUGCAAAUGCAGGAGAUUCGAGAGCGGUGUUAGGAAGAGUGAAGAAGGGAACAAAAGAAACAUUAGCUGUUCAGUUAUCUGCAGAACACAAUGUUAACAUCGAAACUGAGAGAGACGAUGUUAGAUCAAAGCACCCUUACGAUCCACAGAUUGUGGUUAUGAAACACUCGGUUUGGCGCGUGAAAGGCAUCAUACAGGUUUCAAGAUCCAUAGGCGAUGCAUAUCUGAAGAAAGCCGAAUUUAACAAGGAGCCUCUGCCACAAAAGUUUAGACUACCCGAAACCUUUUUCAAGCCGAUUCUUAGUAGUGAACCAUCGGUAUCAAUUCACAAAAUCCAACCCGAAGAUCAAUUCCUCAUCUUUGCUUCAGAUGGUUUAUGGGAGCAACUUAGCAACCAAGCAGCUGUCAAUAUAGUUAGCAAUAAUCCACGCAACGGAAUCGCAAGGAGACUCGUGAAAGCAGCGCUUAAAGAAGCAGCUAAGAAAAGAGAGAUAAGAUUGUCAGAUCUCCAAAAGAUUGAACACGGAGUGAGGAGACACUUCCAUGACGAUAUUACUGUAAUCGUUGUAUAUCUAAAUCGUAAACUGAUCGAUAAUAGCUCACUAUGUAGUUCUCCUCUUUCAAUCAAAGGUGGUAGGCAUGUCAAUUUUUAG